UCAAUAUCCCAACAUAAACAGUGAGGAGAACUUCAGAUUACUUUACAACACCAACAUGUCUGGCAGAAGUAUUCACCAUGAUAACCAGCAGGCCAGAAAGCUGCAGAUGGUGUUGGUUGGGAAGAAGAAAGUUGGUAAGAGUGCAACAGGAAACACCAUCCUCAGGAAUGAACAGUCUUUCGAGUCGCGGAUCUCUUCCACCUCUGUGACACAGAAGUGCCAGAUGGAGAAAGGGCGGUUUAAUGAUCAGGAACUGGCUGUUGUUGACACUCCUGGUCUGAGGAGAGGCAACCGUGACAAAGAGAUGAAGGAGAUCCAGGCGUGUCUUGAACCCGGCACACCCACUGUGUACCUGGUCGUGUUGCAGCUCGGCACAUUCACUGAGGAUGAAAGGCAAAUGGUAAAAAUAAUCCAGAAGGCCUUCGGUACAGAGGCGGCAUACUACACCAUGGCCCUGUUCACCAGAGGAGAUGAUCUGAGGGCUGAUGGACGGUCCGUUGAAGAGUUAAUCGGAGAAGAUUCGGCCCUGCGUGACUUCAUUAGAGAAUGUCAUGGGCAGUACCAUGUUUUAGACAACAGAGAAAAAGAUGAUCCCUCCCAAGUUAAAGAGCUGCUGCAGAAGAUCAACCUCAUGGUGCAGAGAAAUGGUGAAGCACAAGGAGAAGCUAACCCCUUCAAAAGAAUCAUCACUCUGUCUCUAUGUGCAGUUGGAGCGAUCGCUGUCAUAGGUAUUGUAAUUGGGAAACACAUUGUUACUUGAAUGCUUUCUGUAGCUUUUAAUAAGAAAUGUACCACCGCGUUCCUUUAGAGCCUGCUGCCCAUUGAAAGACACCAGAGUUGUCUUGUUUUGAAAGAUUUAGGUCCAAGGUCCUACAUUUAAUGUGCCCUCUGCCAUGUUUGACCUGCCUUCUUUGCAUACUACAAUUAGUUUUUUGUAGACCACCCAGUAGUUAUUGCACAUGAACAAAAUUACCUUUGUUUUUAUAGGAAAUUAAUUGGACAUCAAGUCCCGUCAAGUCAUUGGUGUAAGAGUCCAACGGCUUGGGUUUUGGUGUUUAACAACCAAAAGUUAACGAAUAUUAAAAAGUAUAAGUACAAAAAUAAACAAAGAAAAGAAGAACAUACAAACAAAAAGAUGUAAACCCACUGCAGUCAGCAUGACGUCGU